CGUCAGCAGCGCGUCAUCAUCAUCUGCUGUAAUCAGCCUAAACGCGCGGUGAUUCCCCGCAGCGUACAGGCGUUUAUCUCUGCUCUGCUCGGGUCCCCAGCUCCUCCAUCACGGCCAGGCGUUAGGACAGAGUCCGCUCGGAACCAUGUCUGUCGCGGGACUGAAGAAGCAGUUCCACAAAGCCACUCAGAAAGUUAGCGAGAAGGUUGGAGGGGCAGAGGGAACCAAAUUAAAUGAAGACUUUUUGGAAAUGGAAAAGAAAGUUGACGUCACCACAAGAGCAGUGAUGGACGUUAUGACCAAGACGACAGAGUACCUGCAGCCCAAUCCAGCAACUCGUGCCAAAAUGAGUAUGAUGAGCUCCAUGUCUAAAAUCCGUGGAGGAGAUAAAGGCCCCGGCUACACACAGACCGAAGCCGUCCUGGCGGAGUCCAUGCAGAAGUUCGGCCGGGAACUCAGCGAGGAGUCCAGCUUUGGCCUGGCUCUGAUCGAUGCUGGAGAAGCCAUGCGAGAGCUAGCUGAAGUCAAAGAUGCUCUGGACAUGGAGGUCAAGCAAAACUUUAUCGAUCCCCUGCAGAAUUUGCAUGAUAAAGACUUGAAAGAAAUCCAGCAUCACCUGAAGAAGCUGCAGGGGCGACGGCUGGACUUUGACUAUAAGAAGAAGAGGCAAGGAAAGGUCACAGAAGAUGAGCUCAAGCAGGCCUUGGAGAAGUUUGAUGACUCGAAGGAGAUCGCCGAACAGAGCAUGUUUAACCUUCUGGAGAGCGAUAUUGAACAGGUGAGUCAGCUUUCAGCUCUGGUCCAAGCUCAGGUCAACUACCACAGACAGGCGGCAGAGAUCCUCCAGCAGCUCUCCAGCAAACUAGAGGACAGAAUGAGAGAGACGUCUUGUAAGCCGAGAAGAGAGUACGUCCCCAAACCUCGCACCUCGGUGGACUUCAGUGAGAAUCACAACGGCAGCAUCGGGCCGUCCAGAUCUCCAGCUCCGAUAGACCAGCCUUGCUGUCGGGCGCUGUAUGAUUUCAACCCUGAAAACAAGGGUGAGCUGGCCUUCAAGGAAGGAGACGUCAUCUCCUUAACGAGCAAGAUUGACGAGAACUGGUAUGAAGGAACGGUCAGUGGGCACUCUGGCUUCUUCCCCGUCAACUAUGUCGAUAUCCUGGUGGAUUUAUCCCACUAAGUCUCAUGCAUGACCGGUUCUUCUGCGAGAGCGGGGAUGACCGAACCUAGCAGCACAAACCAUCGCACUGUUGUGGGGUUUGCACAUUGGAAGUAAGCAAUGAAAAAGUUUCGAGUGCCCUUCAGUUGAUGUUAUUCCUGAAUGCCAGCUCUUAGUUGUAUUGAUUUAUUUCAUGUACAGUAUGUAAUUCUUCUUCUCCGAGGUUGAUCUGACCUCAUUGCCUGCGGCUACGACUCCUGUGUGAUUCUCAGUUUUGCCUGUUUCAAGCCAUGCAUUGCUCUCUUCACCCUUUUAAAAAUAUCUGCAAUAAAAAAAUAAAUAAAAUAAAAAUAUUUUGGUAUUACGUUCUUAGCAUAAUGUAUUUAUGAAAAAUGAUCUGAAGUCCAGUGGAUGUCAAGUUGAUGUAAAGUAUUAAACGUGAGUUGUUGUUGUUUUUUUCUUUGAAACUGCAUUCCUUGCAAAACAAAUAUCUUUUCUGUUCAUAAAGUGAAAUGUUCUGAUGUUUGUUUAAUGUCCUACAACAAACUUUAGCCUUCAACUGAUGUUAGGUUUGACUAUUUAAAUGAAUGAAUAUUUAAAAUAAAAAACAAACCGAGAUGAAA